AUGCAGGGUCUUGGGGCCCUGUGUCUGCUGCUGACCACCUGCCUGGUAGCGAGUGCCGGCCCUGUGCCGACACCACCAGAUGACAUCCAAGUGCAGGAGAACUUCGACGUCUCCCGGAUGUACGGGAAAUGGUUCAACCUGGCCAUCGGCUCCACCUGCCCGUGGUUGAAGAGGGUCAAGGACAAGAUGAGCAUGAGUACGCUGGUGCUGAGCAAGGGGGCCACGGAGGCCGAGAUCAGCAUGAUCCGCACUCAUUGGCGGAGAGGCGUCUGUGAGGAGACAUCGGGGGCUUAUGAGAAGACAGACACUGCUGGGAAGUUCCUCUACCACAAAUCCAAAUGGAAUAUAACCAUGGAAUCCUAUGUGGCACACACCAACUAUGAUGAGUAUGCCAUUUUUCUGACCAAAAAGUUCAGCCGCCAUCAUGGACCCAGCAUUACUGCCAAGCUCUAUGGUCGGAAGCCACAGCUGAGGGACAGUCUCCUGCAGGACUUCAGGGAGGUGGCCCUGGGUGUGGGCAUCCCUCAGGACUCCAUCUUUACCAUGGCCAACAGAGGGGAAUGUGUUCCUGGCGAGCAGGAGCCACAGCCCACCCCUCUCUUGAGAGCCCGGCGUGCUGUGCUACCCCAAGAAGACGAAGGGUCAGGGACUGGGCUAUUAGUAACUGGUUUCAUCAAGAAAGAAGAUUCCUGCCAGCUAGGCCACUCAGCAGGUCCCUGCCUGGGGAUGGUCCAGAGGUAUUUCUACAAUGGCUCUUCCAUGGCCUGUGAGACCUUCCAAUAUGGCGGCUGCCUGGGUAACGGCAACAACUUUGUCUCUGAGAAGGAGUGUCUGCAGACAUGCCGAACCGUGGCUGCCUGCAAUCUCCCCAUAGUCCAAGGCCCCUGUCGAGGCUCUGUUCAGCUUUGGGCAUUCGAUGCUGUCCAGGGGAAGUGCAUCCUCUUCACCUAUGGCGGUUGCCAAGGCAAUGGCAACAAGUUCUACUCUGAGAAGGAGUGCAAGGAGUACUGCGGCAUCCCUGGUGAUGGGGACGAGGAGCUGUUGCGCUUGUCCAACUGA